UAUUUCAGCAUCUUGAAGACUGGAGUGGAGACAGCAAGUCUGUGUACAGAAGGUGCUGCUUUUAUCAUGCUUGUAUUUUAUUCAUUAUUCUGCUUAAAUAAACCAUUCAUGCCGCUCUCAUUGUUUUCAGUGGAGUCGUGUGCAGUCUGUCUGGAUGGAUGGAGGAAGGGAUACAAUGGAAGCUGUUAUUUCUUAUCCACUGAGUGGAACUCCUGGGACUUUGCUAACGAGUCCUGUUCCAAACUCGGGGCUCAUCUUGCUGUGAUUGAGAACAAGGAGGAGCUGGACACCAUACACAGAGCUAUAACUGGAUACAGUUACUGGAUUGGACUGCGUAGAAAAGAUCCUCACUGGCUUUGGGUUGAUGGCACUCAGCUUGAUGAGAAGAUUUCAGUUUCCAGACAAUACCAAGAGUAUCAUUGUGCCUCUGUGUAUGGAAGUGGUGUAUAUGCAGAGUCGUGUAACAGAGAUUAUCGCUGGAUCUGUGAGCAGGAUGCUGUGCGCUUCUGAGUGAAUCCACAGACUCUUCACUUGAGGAACAGAGAAGAUCUCAUUGCAGAGCCUGAGUGUGAAUGUUAUGAAUCCGCUGAGCAACUCGCUGCACUUCUACAGCUCCAUUGAAGAGGAAACACAGAAAAUUAGCAGCAGGGUUUAGAACAGGGUUUCCUUUUUAAAGAGCAAAUCAAGACCUAACCGCUGUGUAAAUGGUGCUAGUUUUUUAGAUUUCAGAAUAUGUACAUUUCUUCCAGUGUGGAAGCUACACUCCAUCACAAUAUGCAUUGGAAAGCUGUGUAUUUCAAAUAUAUGAUCUAUAUAAAACCAUCUACAGUAAUAAAAACUGUAAUAGAAAUACAUUUUUUUUGCGUGUGUGCUGGGCUUGUUUCCUGGUCACUAGUGCUGCUCUGUAGCCUGUUUGGAGAAUGCGAUUGGUACUGGAUAGUACUAUAGUGAGUCUGAACCUGGAAUCAAGAUACAAACUACAGGACUGUCCGCACAAUGAAGGAGACUGCUGGGAAUACAGCUGUGGCUGCAGGUUUAAUGACAGUAUGUCAAGCAGUCUGUUACCAGCCUUCCAAAUCCUGGAAAACAAGAGCAUUGAAUGAAUAAGGAAUGGCAUCUUGAAGCAUUCCACAAACACCCUGUUGUGUUUUGAGCCAAGCUGGUUACUUACUGUUACUGUCUCUGGUGCUGGACUUCUCCUCACAAUGUCUUUAUCAAUAGAAUCCCCAGUGCUUUGAGAUCUCUUCUUCUUCUUGCACUUUACCCUGGGUCAUUCAUCAAGUACUGUAGGGUGUGAAGCCCAGCCGAUUGCCCUGGAUUUACUGGUAGAAAUGAUCAGCCACUGAAGUCCUGGGAAACAAGUCCAGUGAAUGAGUGGAGCUCUGGAGGAGAGCAUGUUCCAAUUAGCAAUGCCCUGUACAGUCUGCACCACUAUUGUAACACUCACAACCUCCUCUUUAUCUCACUGAUCUACAGAACUAUUUAUAGAGAGGGACAGCAGUAGUUCUGAGCCACACAGAGUUAAAUGUGAAAAGACAUUUCCUGUAGCCUCUGUCCAGUCCUGUAGAGUCCUCACUAUAGUAGUCAGGACUUCCUGUCUAGCUUACUGCUCUACUGCACAAGCUAUGGAGACAGACAGUAUUUACACUGGGCUGCAGAAACCUUCUGAGGAUGUCUACUCAACAGUAAACCAGCCCCAGGGCAAGAGAGCAGGAGAACAACAUGGGGCAAACAUGACUGUGAAGAAAGCCAGUUCCUGGAAAUGGGCUGCUGUGGGUCUUGCUGUGCUGUGUAUCCUCUCAGUGUCCGUUCCCCUGGGUGUGAUCUUUCACAGGAAUGCAGAGUAUGCCAGCCUCUUUCAAAAGUAUUCUGACCUGCAGAAUCACCUGAAGAACUCUACAGACAUGACAGAAAACUGCUCAGCUGUGUGGAAGUGGAUCCUCGGUGCUGCAGUUGAUGUGACUCUGGACCCUGAUACAGCGCACCCCCGGCUCACCCUGUCUGCGGAGGGGAAACGAGUGAGACUGGGAGUGCAGGACUGGGAGAGAGAUUCGAUUGGUGGCCCUGUGUGCUGGGCAGGGAGGGCUUCACCUCGGGGAGACGCUACUGGCAGGUGCAGUCUGAAGCCCCAGAAGCUGGGGGUGUAUCUGGAUUAUGAGGAAGGGCAGCUCUCCUUUUACAAUGUGGAGAGCAGAUCUCACAUCUACACUUUCACUGACAUGGAGUUCAAUCCCAAUGAGAAACUCUAUCCAUUCUUCUAUACUGGGGACAGUGAUACAGCCCUUGUGCUGGAGUCCCCUGACCCUGACCCUGUCAGCGCUGCAGAUUAA